CUUUAACAUUAGUGCUUUACCUUUGAAGAGUUGACCUCAAUUCCUUGGAUGGAGUUCGCUUCUUCUUCAUCAUCGUCAUCAUCUUCAUCCUUCCUAAAAUCAGAACCCCAUUUCAUAUACGAUGUAUUCAUUAACUUUGGGGGAGAAGACAUCGGUAGGAAGUUGGUUUCUCAUCUCCACUCUGUCCUUUUACAAGCUCAAGUCAAAACUUUGGUUAACGAGGAGAAUCUGCAAGAGGGAAUGAAGCUGGAAGAACACAUGGGAGCAAUAGCAGUCUCUAAGAUUGCAAUAAUCGUUUUUUCCAAAACAUACACUGAAUCCACAUGCUGUCUUCUUGAGCUUGAAAAGAUUAUUGAAUGCCUCGAAACUUUUGGCCAAGUAGUUCUGCCCGUAUUUUACGAGAUUGAACCAUUGGAUGUACGUGAUCAGAAAGAUGAUUUUGGAAAAGCGUUGGAAGAAACUGCAAAAAAAAGCUAUUUAGGAGAACAACUGGAACAUGCGUUGUCCAGGUGGAGACGUGCACUCACCACAGCUGCAAGUAUGACUAGUUGGGAUGUCAGAGAUUUCAGGGAUGAUGCUGAACUUGUGGAGGUAAUUGUUAGGCACGUUCAGACAUUACUGGACUAUAAAGACUUGUUUAUUACCGAAUUUCCUGUUGGAUUAGAGUCCCGCGUGGAAAAGGUUAUUGGAUGUAUUAAAAAUCAUGACACCAAAGUCUGUAUAAUAGGGAUAUGGGGAAUGGUAGGAACGGGUAAAACUACCAUAGCCAAAGCCAUCUACAAUCGUAUAUAUCGUCUAUUCAUUGGUAAGAGUUUUAUUGAAACUAUUAGAGAGUUUUGGUGUCUAUUAUAUAGAACAUAUGUUGAUUUGCAAGAACAUCUUCUUGAUGAUGUCCUUAAAUACAAGUUUGAGUUGGAAAACGACGAGAUGGGAAGAACCCUGAUCAAGACUAAAUUCUCCCGAAAAAAGUUACUCAUUGUGCUUGAUGAUGUGAGUGAGUUUGGCCAACUAGAAAACCUAUGCGGGAAUCGCGAAUGGUUUGGUAGGGGAACUGUGAUAAUCAUUACAACUAGAGAUGCUAAAAUGCUAAACAGACUGAAAGUUAAUUAUGUUUAUAAAAUGGAUGAUAUGAACAAAAAUGAUUCCCUUGAGCUUUUAAGUUGGCAUGCCUUUGGAGAAGCAAAACCAAGAAAAGAAUUGAAUGAAAUUGCAAGGAACAUAGUUGCUAAUUGUGGAGGACUACCACUAGCCCUUAAGGUCCUCGGUGGAUGGACAAUGCAAAUUCCCUAUGUUCAAGUUCAAGAAUGGAAAUAUGUAUCGUUACGACUGCCAAAUGCCUUUGCUCGAGUUAGAGAGAAAUUGAAAAUAAGUUUUGACGGUUUAGGUGACAUGGAAAAAGAUAUAUUUCUUGAUGUAUGUUGUUUCUUUAUUGGUAAAGAGAGAGGCUAUGCCACAGAGAUACUAAAUGGCUGUGGACUACAUGCUGAUAUUGGAAUAACAGUUCUCAUAGAACGUGACUUCAUAAAAGUUGAAAGGAACAACAAACUUGAAAUGCAUCCUUUGUUACGAGACAUGGGAAGAGAAAUUACUCGUCGGGAUUGGCCACAGGAACCGGGAAAAAGGAGUCGAUUAUGGUUUCAUGAAGAUGUAAAAGAUAUCCUGAAAACAAAGAGUGGAACAAAAGCUACGCAGGGAUUGUCCCUGAAACUGCAUUCAACCAGCAGAGAUUGCUUUGAAGCUCAAGCUUUCAAAAAUAUGAAGAGUUUAAGAUUGCUACAACUGGAUCAUGUACAACUUACUGGAGACUAUGGCUAUCUUUCUAAACAACUCAGAUGGAUUUGUUGGAAAGGGUUUCCUUCUAAAUACAUUCCAAACAACUUUUGUAUGGAAAGUGUGGUUGCAAUGGAUUUAAAGCAUAGUCAUCUUCAACUCCUCUGGAAGCAACCACUCUCGAACCAACCCCAGGUUUUAGAGCGGUUAAAAUUCCUUAAUCUUAGUCACUCCAAGUACUUGAGAGAAACACCUGACUUUUCAAUACUACCAAGUCUUGAACAGCUCAUUUUAAAAGAUUGUCGAAGUUUGUGCAACGUACACCCAUCCAUUGGAGAUCUCUGCAAUCUGUUUCUGAUAAAUUUGAAGGACUGCACAAGUCUAAGUUGUCUCCCAAGAGAAGUAUAUAAGCUGAAAUCCUUAAGAACUUUCAUUCUCUCUGGUUGUUUCAAGAUUUUCAUAUUGGAAGAAGAUAUAGUGCAGUUGGAAUCCUUGAUAACUCUAGUUACUGAAAAUACAGUUGCUGAAAGUACGGCUGUGAAACAAUUGCCCUGUUCAAUUGUAAGCUCAAAAAGCAUUGGAUAUAUAUCUCUACGUGGAUUUGAAGCAUCGUCACAUAAUAUUUUUCCUUCAAUCAUUCGGUCUUGGAUGUCACCAAUUGUGAAUCCACAAUCUUAUAUUAGCCCGUAUUGCAUGGAUAUGAAGAAUAAUAAUGAGCGCGACCUUGCCCCAUUGCUCAGCGUCCUUGCAAAUAUUCGAACUGUUCUUGUUCAAUGUGACGCGGAGGUUCAAUUAUCAAAGCAAGUAAAGAAAAUUCUUGUCGAAUGCAGUGUAAAUUUUACAGAGUCAAGAAUUUCAAAGCGUCAUUUGAGGUUUUCUUUGAAUUGUGUUGGAAGUUACAAUGAUUUCUUCAACACUCUCAACAAUAGCGUUUCUGAGGGAUUGGCAAGCAGUGAGUGUAAUGAUGUUUCUCUUCCAGGUGACAACUAUCCUUGGUUGGUCCAUAUGGGUGAGGGACAUUCUGUUUCUUUCACUGUGCCUCAGAAUAGUGACAUGAAGAGAAUGAUUCUAUGUGUUGUUUAUUUAUCAACCCCUGGAAUCAUGGCAACUGAAUGUCUUAGAAGUGUCUUAAUUGUUAAUUACACAAAGUGCAAAUUACAGAUACACAACCAUGGCUCAGUAAUUUCCAUUAACGAUGAUGAUUGGCAUGGCAUAAUGGCAAAUUUAGGAUCAGGAGAGAAGGUGGAGAUUUUUUUGACUUUUGAUCAUGGACUGGUCCGUCUGUAUGAUAUGUGGUGAAUCAAAUUUUGAAAUAAAGCCUGGCCAAGCAAAAGGAAAAUACCUUAAAGAAAUUCAUUAAAAACAUGGUAAUGUGUGACUUCCGGUAAAUUAAUGUUCUUCAUUUAGAACAGAACAUGUACCCUUGAAUAUGGAAUAAAAUCCCAGUGUCUUGUUUAUAAUUCA